AUAGAGGGGGGGCUUUCUUAAAAACAAGUAAAACCGUACGGGACCCGCUCACGGGGACAACCACAUAUAUGUAUGUAUGUGUGUAUGUGUAAACGCGCAUAAAUAUAGGAGCGGGGGGAGGAGGGAAAAGCAAAAGCGAGAGACACAAACGAAGACAGAGUGAUGUACUGGCUCUUGAAACUUCGCAGCAAGACCACCCCGCUUUCCUCCGCUCUCUCCUCUUUCUUCCUCCCCACCUUCUCCUCCGCCUCACUUUCCGAUAUUGCGGGGGACAAGAAGGAGCAAGUUACGAAUACUUCCUUGAUCCAUCCCACUGCAGUUGUUCACCCCAAUGCCUUUAUUGGUCAGGGUGUUUCUAUUGGUCCCUUUUGUACGGUUGGAUCCUUUGCAAAGCUUGGCAAUGGUUGCCAACUCUAUCCAGGAAGCCAUAUAUUCGGAAAUACAGUAUUGGGAGCGCAUUGCAUCUUGAUGACUGGUGCUGUGGUUGGGGAUGAUCUUCCAGGCCAUACAGUGCUGGGGUGCAACAAUAUUAUAGGACAUCAUGCUGUUGUUGGCAUUAAAUGCCAAGACAUGAAGUACAAGCCAGGAGAAGAAUGCUUCCUUGAUGUUGGGGAUGAUAAUGAGAUCAGGGAGCACACCUCAAUUCACCGAUCUUCAAAGUCAAGUGACAGAACGGUUAUUGGUAAUGGCAAUCUCAUCAUGGGAUCUUCUCAUAUUGCCCAUGAUUGCAAAGUGGGUAACAACAAUAUUUUUGCAAAUAAUACUCUUCUAGCAGGCCAUGUUGUGGUGGGAGACCAUACUCACACAGCAGGAGCCAUCGCUGUUCAUCAGUUCUGCCAUAUUGGCUCCUUCUCCUUUAUCGGUGGUGGUUCUGUGGUUUCACAAGAUGUCCCAAAGUACAUGAUGGUUUCAGGAGAAAGAGCUGAACUCCGUGGUUUGAACCUGGAGGGUCUUCGGCGUCAUAGAUUCACAGCUGCUGAGAUCAGGAGCCUAAGAGCAGCUUAUAGAAAGAUAUUCAUGCCAGCUAAUGAGAAUGUCAGAGGUUUCGAAGAACGUCUUGCUGAAGUGGAGCAACAUGAAGAACUGGCAAAUGAUCCUUCAGUUUGUUCCAUGGUGCAGUCCAUUCGUGAUUCUUUUGAAGAAAAGCGGCGUGGAAUUUGCAAAUUCAGACAAUGGAGUGGCUGUUAGGCCAUGCUAUAGCAGCUUUUGGUUGAAUUUAUGUGAAGGUUGAUUCCAUAGCAAUUCUGGAAGGCUAUUAUGCAAAUCUAAAUUGCAGACUUGAAAAUCGAUAUGUGUGUAAACUGUAAGGGAAAUGAAACUUCUGAGCUUGUUGAUUGCUUAAAAGAAAGAAAAUUAAGUAUACAAGUUCUUUUAUGUGAUGAAAUAGCGGCUGACAUAUUUGAAUAAUGUGUGUAACAAACAUAUUGACUACAGAAGGACACGCAUUUCGUAGAAACAUAUGGAAUUUUCUUGAUUCAGUGAUUCUAUGCGAUGUUGAUUGUCAUGUACUUUCUGUUUAUAUCACAUAGAAAUUCCAUAUGAAAAUCUUAAGCUGACCGAGUCAAAUUACUAUCAUGUGCAUAUAUUA